UAAGAAUAGAAGGUUUCAAGCACAUAUAAAUAUAUAAGUUGUAUUUUAUAUCUUUAUUUCAUUCAAACUUUUGAAUUGAUAGAAGGUAGUCAGGGUGUGCUGUUGAAUCCACAAUAGCCAAUAUGCCACAAGGACGCGGAAACAGUGUUCGGAAAAACAACAGGCUCAGAGAUACUUGGAACUGCUUCGUUAGUUUCCUUAGUGCUAGAGGAGAAUCCGCUUUCUUCAGGGAUCUGGAAGAUUUGCGAACGGUCUACGAUGAAGACUUUUCAGAAGCUUCUGGAUUUGGCAUUACGGGACCAUCUUUUAGAUUUGAGAAGCUCAUUAAAGAUCUGAGGUGGUCAAAGAAGAUUAGGAUUGAAAAUGGACAAUUGAUUAGAAACUCUGUCCCAUACCGACACUUAACAGUUGAUCAGUAUGUAAAAGAACGGGAAAAGAAUCGCAUAGACACAAAAAAGACAAACGAUCCAAAUGCACUAUACUGUACCUAUUGUGAUGUGUUUUGUAGUCAAAGUAACUUUAAUUCCCAUUUAAGUGGAGAGAAUCAUCGCUGUCAAGUGAUCUUCCAUUUCAUAAGGUGCAAAAGACAAACUUUGCAUGCCGAUAAAUAUGGCAUCAAAGUGACUUCCAGUCAUGAUGUUCACAGUGAUAUUUUGGUUCCAAAUAUAAGCAAGGAUCAGCCAGUAACAAUUAAUAUAACCAUUCAAAAUGAAGGCAAUGAAAAUUGUGUCACAUUGUUACUAGGUUUGUUAAUGAUGGAAGGGACUCCAUUCAGUUUAAAUGUAAAUGUAAACCUAAGAGAUGUUCUCAUUCCACUAAAUGGCGAUGUCAAGUUUUCAGUUCAAUGUGAACCAAGGUUUGUCAACAAUUACAGGAACGUCCUGGCACUUGCUUUUGCUCUUCCAGACAGAACCUUUUUUCAAAUUCUUCGAAACAUCGUUGUGGAGGUGGAGACUGAUCUGACGGAAGAACUGAAACCAACUACUCCUUACGUUAAACCACCUGUAGCAACUAGAAGGAGUAAAAAUGUUGAACACAUAGAUGGAGUUCGGUUAAUACCUAAUGCUUCAUCCAAUGGUUUAGUGAUGGUUAAACCAAAUAUAUACCCUGUUCCGAAAAAGUUAAGAUCUAGUAUGAAUAGAGGAAAAACAGGUGAAAUAGAAAAAAAGUUGCGGAAGAAGCUGGCGUUGGAAAAUUACGCAAGUAAGUUCUCGACAUUGUUGCACAUUGAAGAACUUCAGAUGGAUGUGGAUAUUCUGAAGUACAGCAUGAGUAAUGUAACAAUGACUCUAGACAAGGAUAAAAAGUCACUCAGGCUAAAGGUGCCUGGGCUAGCUGAGAAUCGUCCCUCAGUACUGAAAGGGGAUUACUUGUUUGCUAUACCAAAGGACAGUCCAAACAAAUGUUACACAGGCUAUGUCCAUCGUGUGGAAAUGGAAGAACUUGUUUUAGGUUUCAACUCAAGACUAGUGAAAGGUUUCAUAAAAAAUUCGAAGUUUGAAAUAGAGUUCACAUUCAACCGACUACCUUUACAGCUUCAACACCGUGCGGUGGGACAGGCCAUUCCAAAAGGACUCACACCUGUCCUGUUCCCAGAUAUAAGAACUGCUGCAAAAGCUGGUCCCCUUUGCAAUCCUGCAAAAACGCUUUUCGACCGUACACUUGAGAGCAAUGCUGAGCAGCGUGCAGCAGUUAGGCACAUUACUGAAGGAUCAUCAAGGCCAGCUCCAUACCUUGUGUUUGGCCCGCCAGGUACAGGAAAGACAGUGACCAUUGUAGAAGCCAUCAAACAGGUUUACAAGCACAUGAGUGACAGCACAAUCUUAGCCUGCGCACCUUCAAACAGUGCUGCAGACCUCAUAGCUCGCAGGCUUUUGAAAAGCGGUCCAAUCGCACGGUCGACCAUUUAUCGUAUGAAUGCCAAAUAUCGGGGUUGGGACACAGUGGAAGCAGAUCUUAAGGAACCUACUAACAUUUGCAAUUAUAACUCUCGGUCUGGUGAGAAUCAAUUUCCAGUAAUCGAUGUGAUAAAAGGGUACAGAGUAGUAGUGACUACACUAGUUACGGCUGGAAGACUUGCGAGUGCUAAUUUCCCACUCAACCACUUUACUCACGUUUUCAUUGAUGAAGCUGGCCAUGCUGAGGAGCCAGAAGCUAUCAUAGCUGUCUCCAACCUGCUGAACCCAAACAAUCCAAACGGAGGUCAACUCGUACUUGCCGGAGAUCCAAAACAAUUGGGACCAGUACUGCGGUCGCCAUUGGCCAUCAAGUUUGGCUUAGGUAUGAAUUUUCCAUUAAUCUUUCAUGGUGUUGAAGGUAAAGAUGAAAGAGAAGGGACCAGUCCAUCGUUUUUCAACACCAAAGAAUGUGAUGCUGUCAUUACAUAUGUUAAACAGCUGAUGGAGGGAAAGUAUUCGGGAAAGAAGUUGCAACAGUCAGAUAUUGGUGUGAUCUCACCUUAUCGUAAACAGGUUCAAAAGAUUCAGAAAGCCCUUAAGAAGCGUAACUAUGAAAAAAUCAAAGUGGGCUCAGUUGAAGAAUUCCAGGGGCAGGAGAGACUAGUCAUUAUCGUAUCAACCGUACGUAGUAAUAAUGAAGAUUAUCUGAAAAUGGACAAGCAUUUCCAUCUUGGUUUCCUUGACAACCCAAAGAGAUUCAACGUUGCAAUCACUCGUGCAAAAGCGUUGUUAAUUGUUAUCGGAAACCCUGUAGUGCUAAGCAAAGAUGAAAACUGGAAAAGGCUUAUUGACUUCUGCAAUAGAAAAGGAGGUAGCAAAGGAAUAAAGUAUCAAAUUGAUAAUGAAGAUGAGUUAAAGAACUUACUCACUAAAUUUGAUGCCAUUAAAAUCACUAAACCCGCUCUGGAAGACGAUGACACAGGUGUGAGCCCCAUCACGCAGCAGAAUGAACCACCAUGGCGUGCAGAACUGUAAAGAUCCAACACAAUACCAAGGAGUGGAAAGUGAUUAACUUGUCUAUUUGGUGAAUAUUAUCUAAUCCUAGAUAAACCGACUAAUUGUUGUUGUUCCCGAAACAGAACAUCCUUUCAGAAGAAAAAAGAUAGAACAGUCCGACCCAGUGUGCCACAUACUAACCAUCUUCCUAACAAUAAUCCUCAUUGCCUAUUCGAUGGUGCUCCAUAUAAGGAGCUCCCUUUUGUUGCUAAGGAUUAUCUGCAAUAAGCCACAUACUUUUAGAAACAAGAGAUUGUGCUUAUUCGACAGGUUCAUUCCAUUGACUGCGAUUUUUCGUUGAGUAUUAUUUUCAUUCGACUGGUUCAUAGACUUCGUUGCUAACUAAAAAAUUAAUGUAACCAGAGUGUGUUAAUCAGCGUUAAGUUAUUCACGUGACCAAAUCAAACAUGGCUGAUUAGCCAGUUUAGAAACAACAUUUGCAUUUAAUAUAAUUUAGAUUAAAUUUUAGAAAAUAAGAAUUAUAAUAUUUACCCACAUGAAGUCAAAAAAUGAUUGUAGGCUAACAGAAAGAAAACACAAAAAAACCCAUACUGCUACAAGCCGAAGCAAUCUUGAUUACGCAGCGUGUAUCGCUGUAACUAUGCUGCCAUUUUGUUUUGUUGUGUAUUUACAAGAUUUCUAUUCGACUGGUCAUCUUCGUUAGGUAGGAUUUUACAACUGCACAGGUGUGCGUGGUUUAGCGAAGAACGACCAGUUGAAUACAGACAUUGUGUUUCUGUGUUGUGCAUUAUUCUUGGAGUUUAUUUUCAAGAAGUUUUAAACGACAUGUCCUUUGUUUUAGCUUUUUAUUUUGUAGUCAGUAGAUCAAUAUGUUCACUCAUAAGUCCUUGUGCUCGGCGUGUGGGGGGCCCAAACUGAGUGUUAGGCUUGAUUGACACUUAGAGUGCCCUUUGUGUCGUUCUUAAGAAAGGCAAAGCCUUGCGAGGUUCCCCCAACUAAGUUUGCGGCAGCUCUUGAUUGGGCUGCCCCCAGUCUAGGAGUUCGUUUACCGGCAAUGUCGGGGGUCGUACCAUUGGACGAUUCUCCUCCGCGUCCAGUUGAGGGUCCAUCGGUCUCGCACCCGAUGGGUCCCUCAUCUCUUUUUGAUCCGCUUGACCCUGCUUUUGUGUCUUUAGCAGGUGGCCUCUGUUGCUAUAGGGAGGUUUUUGUAACAAUGGGCUGAAAGCUUCAAAGGAGCUUUCUUUGUUUUUGUAGGUAGCUUUGAUCAGUAGGGUAAGAAUGCUUUGAUCUUUAGGUUAUUCGUAACUAUGUUACUAGGGGUAAUGUUUUG